UAAGUAUCAGGGCCUAAGCAAUAACAAUCAUCUUCCAUCAACAGCCGAUUCCACCAUGGAAACCAUACAAUCUCACAUAGCCUUGUUACCAUCUCCAGGAAUGGGUCAUCUCAUUCCUCUCACUGAAUUCGCCAAACGACUUGUUCUUCACCAUAACUUCUUAGUCACUCUGAUACUUCCCUCAGACGGUUCACCCAUGAGCGCCCAAAAAUCCUAUCUUCAAUCACUACCCGCAACCAUAACUCCCAUCUACCUUCCUUCGGUUGGUUUCGACGACCUCCCUGAGGAUACCAGGGUCGAAACCCGUAUCGCCCUCACCAUUUCUCGAUCUCUUCCCGCAAUUCACGAUGCAUUACUUCAGUUGCUAAUAACCAAGCCAUGCUCACGUCCUAUCUCAGCUCUAGUGGUUGAUCUUUUUGGUUCAAAUGCUUUCCGAUUGGCUAGGGAUUUAAACAUGUCAUCCUACAUGUUUUUCACAUCGACUGCAAUGUCCUUUUCCUUACUCGUACAUUUGCCAAAGCUUGAUCAAACCUAUACAUGUGAGUAUAGGGACUUGACCGAAGCAGUGGUGUUACCCGGAUGUGUGCCACUGCUCGGGAAAGACUUUCUUGAUGCUAUUCAGGAGAGGAAGAAUGAUGCUUAUAAACUUCUUCUCGAAUUAUGCAAGGAAUAUGGUUCCGCUGAUGGGAUACUGAUUAACAGUUUUGUGGAGUUGGAAUUCGGUGCUCUCAAGGCUUUGAAAGAAGAGGGAUGGUUUAAACCACCGAUUUAUCCAGUUGGACCGUUGAUUCAGACAAGAUCAAUCAACGAGGUUGUUCCGGAAUCAUCAGAUUGUUUGGAAUGGUUAAAUAACCAGCCAACAAAGUCGGUUUUAUUCAUUUGUUUGGGCAGCGGAGGAACUCUGUCCCAGGAGCAAAUAAAUGAAAUGGCUUUCGGUCUGGAAAUGAGUGAACAAAGAUUUCUCUGGAUUGUUCGAAGCCCGCAUCAAACCGCUGCAAAUGCUGCGUUCUUUACCAACAAAAGCGUGAAUAAUCCUUUGAAUUUUCUUCCAAAAGGGUUUUUGGAGAGAACAAAAGAAAAGGGGUUAGUGGUUCCCUCAUGGGCUCCUCAAAUUCAAGUCCUGAGCCAUGGUUCAACCGGAGGGUUCGUGAGUCAUUGCGGUUGGAACUCGGUUUUGGAGAGCAUUGUCCAUGGAGUGCCUUUGAUUGCAUGGCCACUUUAUGCGGAGCAAAAGAUGAAUGCUGUUCUGUUAACUGAAGAUUUGAAGGCUGCCUUAAAGGUCAAGGCGGAUAAAAUCGGACUUGUGGGGAGAGAACAAAUUGCAAAACUCGCAAAAGAUCUAAUUCAAGGAGAUGAAGGAAAGGAUGUUCGAGAUAAGAUGAAACAACUCAAGGAUGCUGCUGCUAGAGCUUUCGAACCGGAUGGCUCUUCUUCAAUCUCACUUGCCCAGGUGGCUCAGAAGAUGAGUGUAUUGAAAACUAAGUGACUCUUAGCUAUGUAGUUGCUUUCCUGUUCGAGUGCUCUACUGAAUAGGUUGCCUUUAAUGGAUACCCUUUUAUAACUA